AUUGGGUGAUGACGUCGCUUGGUCACAGCUACAGUGGCGCUGUGUACUUUUAGCUAAUGUGUGGUAGGUAGUGGAAGAGGCUUCAAAAUGCUGGUCAUCCCAACAGCUGGCGUUAUUUUGAUAGCAGUUUGUAUUCAUUCAAGUUACGCACUCUACUUCCACAUAGGAGAAACUGAGAAAAAAUGCUUGAUUGAAGAAAUUCCAGACGACACCAGAGUUGUCGGUAAGUACAGAACUCAGCUUUGGGACAAACCAACCAACUCUUUUCUCCAGUCGGCCCCCAGUAUUGGAAUGCAUGUUGAAAUUAAGGAUACCGAUUCAAAGGUCAUCCUGUCUCGUCAGUAUGGAUCUGAUGGCCGGUUCAUCUUCACAUCUGAUACUCCUGGAGAACACAACAUCUGUCUGCACUCUAAUGCUACAAAGACAGAACCCUUUUCUGGAGGGAAACUGAGACUGCACCUGGAUAUUCAGGUUGGAGAACAUACCAAUAACUACACAAAUAUUGCAGCCGUGGACAAUCUGACAGAGCUGCAGCUGCGUGUAAGGCAGCUUCGGGAUCAGGUAGAACAGAUCCAGAAGGAGCAAAAUUACCAGAGGUUUCAAGAGAAGCACUUCCGUAUGAUCAGCGAGAGCACCAACCAACGCGUCCGCUGGUGGUCCAUCACCCUGAUCUUGUGGUCCAUCGCACAGAUGCUAACUCUCAUCAUCACAGACGUAUGGCUGAAAAAACACCAGAAAAGCGUCUUUGAAGAUGAGGAACAGGUUUAUUUUAUUAAUAUUGAUUCUCCGAAUGACUAUUAAGGUCAUGUGGCAAUAGAAUCUAAAGGCAAGGGCAACACAAACGAGGUUUCCAAGAUUAGAUUGUCAGCAAUCUCACUUGGUCAUUUCCCCUGCCUAUUCAGAAAUGUAUAAAUGAUUGCUGUUUCGUGGUAGACUGUGGUCUAUUAUUACUCAUAUCCUCAGUACUUAUUUAACUGGAAACCAUUACACAUUACAACAUUUAUUUCAGUAAUGACAUUGCUAAUACAUUUGAUAGACUAUAGUCUAAAUCAUUGUUAUCAUUGACUUGCCAUGAAUUCAACUAAUCACCCAGAUAAACAAAUUAGCUUUAAGCUGUGAUGUUUGGUAGUCCUAAACCAUAUGCACUUUAAGCAACUUUAAACAGUGCUAUUAAUGUACGUUGUUAAGACACAUACCUGUCCUUGUUUUGGGGGGAAUCUGAAAAAAGAUAAAUGUAGGUCUUUUGGACCGUUUAUUAGAGCAAUUAAAUUUACAAUGUAUUGUUUCUGGAUCCUGCUCACCAUCAUGGCGGCCAAACCUGCGCGGGUCAUAAUACGGAAGUCAUUGUAACUCUAGACUCCUUUGUUUCAACAUACCUGUCAACCCCGCUUUUGGACUCUCAGGCAGAACUUCCUCAAACCCAAAACAAGCAUGUCUGGGAUGAACUACUACAAAAAUAUUGACCAAGCUGAUAGUUUUGAGGUCUUGACCGUGGAUUUGAUUGUAAUGUAUUUUUUUAAAGAAGCAAUUUAUGAUUUCAUUUGUAUUUAUCAAAAUUAUAUUUUCAUACUAUGUGUUACACAAGCCAUUUUAUUAAUUUCUAGCAUUGAUAUAACAGUUUUUUGCAAUGUACAUUGUGAUGUUUACGAAUACAUAACGUUGUUUUCAAUAAAAGGCAAUUGUUUUGAAU